UUUAGUUUUAUUGGUUUUAUUAUACGCGCAAAGUGGAUGGUGUCUAAUGGUUCUUUUUUGGACGAGGACGGAAGAUGUGAUCAAAAGCGGUUGUUUUAUGAGCAGACGCAUUCAAACUUUAUUUCAAUAAUUUCAUGUUUGCGGGUAAUUGGUCUGAUAGCAAGAUGUGUAAAACUUCAGGCCGUGGACAUGCUCAUUCAUUGAGGACCAGAACCCUGGUGUGAUUUCCUGGCAAAAACACUGCCGGGCAGGACUGAGGCCCUCAGCCCGGGUUUCUUGCCUGCGCAUACACCUCAGGCCACCGCACCACAAGCAGCAUUCAUACCACCACUUCAGAGUUUGGCCGACUCAUGAAUCGCUCAGCUGGCGACAUGACCUCCAACUGGAGCGACCCCUCGGUGCUGGACGGCUCGGCAGCAGCGCUCCGUCAGCUGCUCACCCCUGCCCAGGUGACGUCCGGCGCCGGUCCCGGCGCGGCCGAGCCUCUCCCCUCCACCGCCUGGGUGGAGGCGUGGCUCAGCGGCUGUGUGCCGGGACGAGACGGGGCUGAGACGGCCUCUACUCGUGUAGAGUCCACCCCGGCGGCCGAUGGAGCGGAUGCCGAUGAAGUACGCUCGACGAAGAGUGAUAGUGUGUGCUACCAGCUGCAGCCGAUUGGUGUAUUCUGGGACAUCGAGAACUGCCAGGUACCGCGUCGUUGUUCUGCCGGCGAUUUCGUCUCGCUGAUACGGGACCAUUUCUACGCUAACUGCUGGGAGGCCGAGUUCAUGUGUGCCUGUGACGUCAGCAAGGUAUUCCCGGCCACCCUGCAGCAGCUGAACGACGCACAGGUGAGCGUGAUGCACGUGCCAGCCACCAGUAAGAACGCCGCCGAUGAGAAGGUCAAACAGAGCCUGCGGAGGUUCUCUGACCAGUACCCGGCUCCGGCCACCGUUCUGCUCAUCACUGGAGACAUGAACUUCGCGCCCGAUCUCAACUUCCUCAAACACAGGAAGAAGCACCGUGUCAUCCUGAUCCACAACAGGCAGGCACGACCGGCACUGCUCAACUGUGCUGAUGAGCGACACCUCUUUGACGACCUCUUGGCGCAGCUGCCAGACAGUCGGCCACAACAGGUUCAGGAGGCACGAUCGGCCGACCGACUGUGCUGCCAUCUGCGUCUGACCGGUCUCUCGCCCAACGGCCGGAAGUCCAAGGUGGUGAACGAGAUUCAGAAGCUGGUUUAUAACUGUGGAGGAAGAGUGGAGCGAGUCAAUCUUCCUGCUGGAGAGGCCAUCGUCGUCUUCCCGUCGCCUAGCAACGCAGCCAGGGCCAAGCACCGGCUGCACCAUGUUGUGAUCUGCGGCUCACAGACGUAUGUGACGUUCUACUACAAAUCGAGCGGGCGCUCCUCCCGACAGGGACUGCGCUCAGAUAUCGACUCGGGUAUGGGCCAGGACAGCCUGCCACCGGCUCAGGAGGCCCCGCUGCAGCCUCCUCCAGCACUGUGGCCGCCCGAGCCCCGCACGAGGAGCAGCUCUGUGUCCACACAGACGUCUCCUGAACCGGCGGUGGAGAGGCCGGGCUCGAGCCGUGCGGACUCGGCAGCCUCUGUGGCUACUCAGACCUCGCCGGAUGGACAGCUGACUGCCAGCAGCCUGGGCAGUUCUCCCAGCACCGAUGCGUCCCCUCGGAAUCCUGACCGAACACCAGCGCCGCGGCGCGGGGACCUCUACGACCAGAGGUUCCAGAGUCGUCCGCCAGUCGGCGCUGGUGACACGCCGUACGGCUCUCCCAGAGUGGGCCGCAUGGACGUGCCGCCUCCCCCACCCGCCCGGCCGUUGGGCGCCAGUCCGGUGGGCGGGGGCGGGGGCGGCCGGGCGCGCAGCGGCUCCCCGGCCGUGGGCGGCAGCUCCGGAGGUCUGGACGGUCCCGUGGAGCUGACUGUGACCAACCUGGACUCGAGUAGACACCCGAGAGAUAUGGAGAAGUUGCUAUUGGAGUUGGCCAGCAGACACACUAAGGUGGAGUCUCUCUCGGUCUACUGCCAAUCCGACGGUUCCAUGGUGGCCAGUGUGGUCGUACCCACCCAGUUCGACUCACAGGCUCUCAUAGCAGAGAUGCACCGAGCAGUCAUCGGUAACAAGCGCAUCAUGCUGUCCUACGCGAGGGUUGACAAACCAGAGCGGCCGUACAAGAUACGGGCGCAGGUGAUUCGUCUGCUGAACGACGUGCCGUCCGGCCAGCUGCCGCUGGUGAAGUUCAUGGAGCUGUACGAACAGCGUUUUCACAGCACAGUCAGCAUCGCAGACCUCUUCAGGAUGCGGGAAACAAUCACAGUGGUGGACAGCAGCAGCGGUCGGGUGAUCCAGCUGAACCCGGCACUGAAAACACAGGACCUGGGCGUGUCGGGUAGGCCGGCAGCCGGCUCCGCCUGUUUGCGGCACCCGCCGCAGCGCGGCGCCACCGUCGGCUGGGCCGAGCGAGACGAUCCAAGCGUCCUUCCCAACAGUGAGAUUCAGCUGGAGGAACUAGAACCCAUCAUCUACCGACUGUUGAACUCGCAUGAUGGCGUGCUCUUCCUGUCCAGCCUGCUGGACUGUUACUCUGCGGAGUUUCACGACCCGGGCCUGUCCCGCCUGCGUCUGGAACCGAACGCAGUCUGCCUGGAGCACCUACUGACGUGGCUGCCUGAGGUGCGGGUAGUGACCCGUAGUCAGGACAAGGCGGUCGUGUGGGCACGGGAUGCGCCCGAAGAGGAGCCGGCGCCCGUGAACCCUGCCCUGCAGCAGAAGGUGGUCAUGUUCUCCCGCGAGGUGGUGGACCUGCUGCGGGCCGCGCCGCGCGCCAGGAUGCCCUUCAACAGGUUCAUCCCGGCCUACCACCAUCACUUUGGUCGCCAGUGUCGGGUCUCCGACUACGGCUUCACACGGCUGGCCGAUCUGUUUGACGCCCUGCCACAUAUCGUCCAGGUGCUGGGGUGCGGUCACCGGCGUGUCAUCACUCUCACGCCCCGCGCCCAGCAGCGCCGGUUCGCCUCUGACCUCCUGCGCGUCCUGAAGGCCCAACACAGCAAGCAGCUGUCGGUGGCCGCCCUGCCCGAGGCGUUCGGUCAGGUGCUCGGCAGGGAGUUCGCCGUGUGGGACUAUGGAGCGACCCGGCUGCACACGCUGCUGAGGACAGUCAACGGUGAGAGCGUGGUGGUAUACAAACACGAGGGCGAACUGAAGGUGGCCAUCCCUCGCCGUGAACAGACGCCAGAAGAGAUGCAGAAAACCAAACACUUCGCCACUGAGGUGAAGGAGCUGCUGCGUCACGUGCCCUUCUGUCAGAUGCAGUUCAACAAGUUCAUCCCGGCCUACCACCAUCACUUUGGCAGACAGUGCCGGGUCUCUGACUACGGGUUCGGCAAGCUGGCUGAGCUGUUUGAGGCUGUGCCAGAAACGGUGCAGGUGAGCUCGGACGAGGACGGUGAGAAGUUGAUUCAGCUCACCCGACCGGCACUGCUCUCAGUGCUCUCCGAUCAGCUGGUUGCAGUACUACAAACGGCGGCGUCUGAGUCUGUGGGUCUGGACGAGCUGUGUCAGCUGUUUCUGCGGGAGUUUGGAUACCGACUCAGUCCGGCCAUGUACGGAGCCGCCAACAUUAGGGAACUGCUCUCGCAGCUGCGUGCCGUGGUGCGUGUGACCGGUCCGGCCGACAGUCUGCGCGUGCUGCUAGUGAACAGACAGCACCUCAAACAGACGGCGCUCAACGUGCGGCUGCUGCUCAUGGACCAGCCCCAGGGUUGUAUGCCGCUGGACCGUCUGCUGGAACAGUACGCCUGUCGAUACCAGCAGCCGCUCAGUCUGGACACCCUCACUGCCGAGCUGCAGCACGUGCUCAAGGUGGAGGGCUCCCCGCCAUCCGCCCGCCACGUCCGUCUACUCCCUCUCCAACUACUGGCCAGGGACGUGGUCCGACUCCUCCGCCGACACGGUGGGAGACUGCAGCUCGCCGGAUUCCACGCCGCGUUUCUGGCAGAGUUUGGCGUGGCGGCACGGCCGGCUCAGUUUGGCUAUCAUAGUACCCCGGCGCUGCUGGAGGCACUGGAUGAUACCGUCACUCUGCGUGGACGAGGCGCCCAGCGGUCCAUCCAUCUCCUCCGAGAGUUCACCACUGGCUGCGACUCGAACGGGGGCUCGGGCGACGGACGACCGCAGGCGGCCGGUGGCGCUCCCGAGCCCCAGCCGUCCGCCCGCGGUCCGCCGCCGCCGCCGGUUCCCGUGCCGGGUCCUCACGGUGACAGCGUCGACUGCGCCCGGAGGCCUCCCUCCCCGGGGAUGCAGGAGACGGGCUGUAUGUACCUGGCCAGCCCUCCGGCGCCGUCCGAGCUGCCCCGACCUCAGUUCAGCUGGCUGCCGCCGCCGCCGCCGACCCCUCCGGCUGCCCCUCAGCCGGGUCCACCGCCCGCUCCAGCGCCGGACAGUGUGCCGCCCCUGCCGGCCGCCAAACCGACGCCCCCGCCUCUGGGAGCGCACCCCACCCCGCCGGAGAGGCGCUCAUCGCGAGGCCGGAGCCGAAUCGCCGCCCAGUUCCCUCCGUCCCCCUCCUCCGCCGCUAUAUCUACCACGGCGUCCACCGCUCAGUCUUCAACCGCCACGACCACGACCACAACUGCUGCUGCUGCUGUCACCGCCGCUAAGACCAAGUAGUGGAUUCAUGCUGGGCUCGUCUGGCUUAAACCGGCCUGCACUGGGGGCUGAAGCAGCCUGGUAGUCUUCUCAGCUGAUGUAGCUUUUGGUGGUAAGAGAAGUACCGGUAUAUGUUAGCGUCGAAGGAAAGAACAGGCUUCUGUGUACUGUCUACCUUGGACUACUGUCGACUUCUUCCGACGGCGGGAGAACGCUAUAGGAUCUACGCUACACAGCCUAGAUUAGAGAGGUGUGGACUUUGAGAUGGGCUCAUAGAUUAUUACAUUCAGUGUAGUGAUUGCGGCUUAUGCUGGUUCAGGUAUUGUGAUGGCUUGGGUGAAGCCUGGAGUGAACCAUGUCAAAAUGGGCAUAACUGAAAACAGGGUUUACGGUAAACCAGAGAAAGGGUAGAAUUUACUGAGAGUUGAAGUGACGCAUGUGGGGCUGAAACAGCACCCAGACGAGUCUGCUUGGCAGACGGUUAUUUUGUGUUGUGCCGCUCGGUCACCGCUAGUGCCAGUCUGCGCACAGAGACCUGUGUUUCAGGCGUCACAUGGAUAGUUUAUCGCUGUCCAUGGUAUUGUCUGUGUAUGUGACGGGCAGUUAGUAUAGCGGUCCCAGAGGUGGAACCCCAUUCGGCCCGCCGGUGGAUUUCGCCAAACAUAGACAGAUAGUUGCUCCUGUCUGGAAACCUGUCUGGUUGUGCCAUUCGUGUGUGAGAUGUUACAGCGAUGCGAGGGACAUCUCACGGCACGUGAUCUGUGUAAUUGAUGCGGUGUUAAUAGGUACAAAUCAUAACGGCGCCGCGCGCCAACCGCUGGGUACAAACUGAUUCCGUGCUGCCGUUUACCCAGUAUCCCACCGUCCUGCUUCAUCACAGCUGCCGUCAGCAUUUCAGUUCUCUGAAUCACGCUGGUUAUUUACCUUGAUAGCGAUGGUUUUUCAGUAUUUGAUUAGUCUUAUUCCGUCUCAAACCGUGGUAGCCUAACUAGAUGCUGCAAUUAUGAUCGUUGAUGUAUCAGCAUAUCAGUCGUACCUACACGUUCCUUUUGAGGAUUUGAUUUGCGAUGUACUGUUUAGGCAAGAACCCCAGGCGGUAAAAAUGUCUGAAGAAAUGUAUCGACUACGUGGCAUAGUCUCGUACACGGAACCGAUUUCCUUUUUCAGUGUAGUUUGAACAGUUAUAUUUUGUCCAGCAUGCGAGACCACGGAGCCUGCGCGUUUAGUUGCGUCUGUGGCUGAGUUCUGUGGCGGAAACUCGCAAUUCGUCAGAAUGGUCGAUGUGAUUAUGUGAAGUCCCUUUUCCUAAGGUAGCGAGCGGCUGCUCUAUGUUUCUACUGGACCAUGCCAGUUGAAGUGCUCAAACGUCACAAUGCACAAUAGCCAUGAUGCUAUCGGCUUGUACUUAGUUUUUUUUUUGUAUUGUGUUCAGUAUUUAUUGGCGGUAUUGAUGUGUUCGGUGAUUGGUAUUUGAUGGUUUGUUCUACGGAUGUUUUUCGGGUGUUCAAUCUGCCCGCAGUUUGAGGCUUUAGGCCCCUGCUCUUCAGUGAAGAAACUGUUGAAUUUCUACGUCUGUUCCCAGCUUUUGAAAGUGGGGACGUUCAUGUUCCGCGAAAAGGUAGCAUAAUGUGCGCAAUGCGCAUGUGACGCAUUGUAAAGCUCUAUGCCUCCCUAUGAUGCACGGCAGCGUUCCAAAUCCUCAGCGCUGCCCUUGUGAAGGCAGACCUUAGAGUGAUGGGUUGAUUGUUCUCAAUCAUAGCACAAGAACCGCUGAGAUGAGCCACUGACCUGGCCGCGGCUGUGCCAGAUAUGUAGGCAUUCGUGUUAGUGUUGAACUGGCAACUCUCUGGUGUCUUGAAGGCAAGGAGCACUCGUUCCCUGAUUAACAUCAGGAGCCCCUAUGUUGUUUUGCCUGUAGCCCGUAGAGUGUAAAGGGAACUGCCCUGGUGGUCGGCGCCGACAAGCUUGUACCGCCGCGUGUUUUGUGCCGAGACGACAUUGUAUCGCCGCGAUUGUUGUUGCGCGUAUGUUUUUGUAGAUCUUUAUGGUGUGCGCGCAGGCCCACGCGCUGAGAGCUUCCUGUUGCGGAGUUGCGCGCUGGAUGGUAGAGGCGCUGCGCCGGUCCCGAGCGUACACCUCGGAGCCCCGGCAUGGUAGGGAAACAGACCACCCUGGGCUUUCAUUGCCUCGCUCAGAAGUGUUUUACGUUGUGAAACACAACGAUUCUGUGAAUAAAGUUGAGUGUCGCGAAAA